UCAAGCACAAGUCUUCUCUUUUCAUUCCCUCUGUCAAGCUUUCAUAGUUGAUCAGUGAGAUCUUAAGAGAAGAAGACGCAUUGAUCAUGGCAACAUGGGUUUUUCUCAUGCAUGCAUUGUUAGCAAUGGCUGUCCUCUCAAAUGCAAGCAUAACCAGGCAUUACAAGUUCAACGUGAGGUUGAAGAAUGUGACCAGGCUGUGCCACACCCGGAGCCUGGUGACGGUGAACGGAAAGUUCCCCGGACCGAAGAUCAUCGCUAGGGAGGGAGACAGGGUGUUAGUUAAGGUGGUUAACCACAUUCCAAACAACAUCAGUAUUCACUGGCAUGGAGUUAGGCAGUUGCAGAGUGCUUGGGCUGAUGGCCCUGCAUAUGUAACUCAAUGCCCAAUCCAAACAGGCCAGAGCUAUGUCUAUAACUUCACCAUUGUGGGACAGAGAGGCACUCUCUUCUGGCAUGCUCACAUCUCAUGGCUUAGGGUCACCCUCUAUGGACCUAUCGUCAUCCUCCCUAAGCUUGGGGUACCUUACCCUUUCCCCAAACCCUACAAGGAAGUCCCCAUUCUCUUUGGUGAAUGGUUCAAUGCUGAUCCAGAGGCAGUCAUUACUCAAGCUCUUCAGACAGGUGCUGGUCCAAACGUAUCAGAUGCUUAUACCAUAAACGGAAUGCCUGGUCCUUUAUACAACUGUUCCAACGAUACGUACAAGUUAAAGGUGAAGCCCGGAAAGACGUACCUUCUACGUAUGAUCAACGCUGCACUCAACGAUGAACUCUUCUUCAGCAUCGCCAAUCACUCACUCACCAUUGUUGACGUCGAUGCCAGUUAUGUCAAGCCAUUCACAACUAACACGCUUCUCAUAACUCCUGGACAAACCACCAACGUUCUUCUGACAACCAAGGCUAAUGUCCCCAACGCCAAGUUCCUCAUGGCUGCCAGGCCUUACGCCACUGGCCUUGGUACCUUUGACAACACCACCACUGCCGCUAUUCUUGAAUACCACCUUCCAAAUACUACAUCUUCAUCCUCUUCUUCUUCUUCCAAUAAAAUUCUCCCACUUCUCAAACCAAAUCUCCCAGCUCUAAAUGACACAACCUUUGCUGCCAACUUCUCAAGCAGGCUACGUAGCUUAGCAAGUCUUCAGUUCCCUGCCAAUGUACCUCAGACUGUGCAUAAGAAGUUCUUCUUUACUGUAGGUCUAGGUACAAGUCCUUGCCCUAAGAACCAGACAUGUCAAGGACCCAAUGGCACUAAGUUUGCAGCCUCAAUAAACAAUGUCUCUUUUGCUCUCCCCACAACUGCCAUCCUCCAGGCUUACUUCUUUAAACAGUCAAAAGGAGUGUACACCACUGACUUCCCAGAUAAUCCUCUGUUUCCUUUCAAUUAUACUGGCACUCCUCCUAAUAACACUUUUGUUGAUAAUUCUACCAAAGUGGAGGUGUUGCCUUUCAACACCAAUGUGGAGCUUGUAAUGCAGGAUACCAGUAUUCAAGGAGCUGAAAGUCAUCCACUUCAUCUUCAUGGCUUCAACUUUUAUGUCAUUGGCCAAGGCUUUGGAAACUAUAACUCCAUAAAGGAUCCUGCCAAGUUUAACCUUGCGGAUCCUGUUGAGAGGAACACUGUUGGAGUGCCGGCUGGUGGUUGGGUAGCCAUCCGAUUUAAAGCUGAUAACCCUGGGGUGUGGCUCAUGCAUUGUCAUCUGGAAGUGCACACCAGUUGGGGAUUGAAGAUGGCGUGGAUUGUGUUGGAUGGUCAACUCCCUAACCAGAAGCUGCCUCCGCCGCCACUGGAUCUUCCAAAAUGUUGACGUUGAGUUGAAUGAGAGAGAAUUCUUAAUUUUAGCAUGUUUUUUUCUUGAAUUGCUUUUGGUGAUUCCAUUUUGGGGUGAAGUGUGAUUAUUGGUUUUGUUGUGCAAAUUUAUAAACACUGUAUUGCUAUUCACCAAUGGAGACCACAAGGUGUCCUUUUGUUUUUGAGAUGUGUAUUUUUGGUUACUGUAUUGAUUGGUUAUUUGAUGUUUCUCUUAACUUAUGCAAUUGCAAUAUGAAUAAAAGUAUAUUGAAUGAUGAUUUCAUU